AUGACCAAAGACCCAGUGCAUCAUGGCAUUAUCGAAGUGUAUUGGGAUCACCAGAUACCAAUUCCAAAGCUUGCUUCAGUCCAGGCCAAGGUCACUGUGGCCCUGGUGGCACUCCUGUGCUUCAUGAACAGUUAUGACGGGGAGUUUGUGUUUGAUGAUUCUGAAGCAAUUGUCAACAACAAGGACUUGAAACCAGCAACGCCUCUGAACAACAUCUGGAGCAAUGACUUCUGGGGAAGCAACCUGAGUAGCAACUCUAGUCACAAAUCCUACCGACCUCUCACUGUCCUUACAUUUAGGCUGAACUACCUCUUGGCGGGAGGCCUGCACCCUGUUGGUUUCCACGUGCUGAACAUCAUCCUCCACGCUAUCAUAUCUGCCCUUAUGAUUGACGUGUUUGCUAUACUGAUUGGUGGUCUGUCGUAUGACAAGAAGGGCAGCAUACACAACCACGCACCCAAGACCUCUCUGCUCGCCGCCCUCCUCUUCGCCGCCCACCCGGUCCACACAGAAAGUGUGGCCGGCGUAGUGGGUCGAGCAGAUCUGCUGUGCGCUCUGUUCUUCCAGCUCUCUUUCCUCACCUACUGCAAAGCUUUCAACAGAGGGAGUGACAGAGAUGACAGCUUUUCUGUCCGGUGGGUUGUGGUCAGCCUCUUGCUGUGUGCCGCCGCGAUGCUCUGCAAAGAACAAGGCAUCACAGUGUUGGGUGUGAACGCAGCCUUUGAUGUCCUCCUGAUCUGUAAUGUUAAUGUGUAUGAACUCAGCCAGAGGCUGCUCCUAAGGAAGAAUCCACUCGAUGUGAGUGCGAUAUUGCGAACGGGACUGCCCACGCGAUUGGCUCUCAUGGGUCUUGGGGGACUCUCAAUGCUCUAUGCACGCUGGAGGAUCAUGGGAACUGGACCACCGGCAUUCACCGAAGUAGACAACCCUGCCUCUUUUGCAGAAAAUAUAUUUCUUAGAAUAGUGAACUAUAAUUACUACUACUCUCUGAAUGCCUGGCUGCUGCUGUGUCCCUGGUGGUUGUGUUUUGAUUGGUCCAUGGGCUGCGUGCCUCUCAUUAAGUCGGCCACUGAUUGGAGGAUGGCGUGGCUGCUGCUGCUCUGGUGCGUCCUGAUAGGCUUGAUAAGCCAAGCCUUAUGCUCGCAGGACAGCCAGAGAAGGAGGACACUGACCUUGGGCCUGGUGCUGCUGGUGGUCCCUUUUUUGCCGGCCUGUAACAUUUUUUUCAGGGUGGGCUUCGUCAUCGCCGAGAGAGUGCUCUACUUGACGUCGGCUGGCUACUGCCUGCUGCUGGCCUACUCCAUGGGACACUGCUGCUGCCGCUGGUCCAAAUGCAGGAAGCCACUGUGUGUGUCGUUGCUCGCGCUGUUGUGUGUGUACGUAGCUCGCUGUGCCCUCCGUAGUCAUCAGUGGCGGUCGGAGAAAAGCCUCUUCACCAGCGCCCUGUCUGUCUGUCCGCUCAACGCCAAGGUCCACUAUAACGUCGGAAAGAACCUGGCUGACAGAGGGAACGCCACCGCUGCCAUCGCAUAUUACAGAGAGGCGGUCAGGCUUCAUCCUACCUACGUCCACGCCAUGAACAACUUGGGUAACAUCCUGAAGGAGAGGAACGAGCUGAUCGAGGCCGAGCAGCUGCUGUCUAAAGCUGUUUCUAUUCAGCCUGACUUUGCUGCAGCUUGGAUGAAUCUGGGUAUAGUUCAGAACAGCCUGCAGAAGUUUGAGGAAGCAGAGCAGAGCUAUUGGAAUGCCAUCCGCUUCCGGAAAAAAUACCCAGACUGCUACUAUAACCUCGGACGAUUGUACGCUGACCUGAACAGAGAUAUAGAUGCGCUGAACGCAUGGAGGAAUGCUACUGUGCUAAAACCUGACCACAGCCUGGCUUGGAACAACAUGGUCAUACUACUGGACAACACUGGUAACUUGGGUCAAGCAGAGCUGAUCGGCCGAGAGGCGCUGAGGCUCCUCCCCAACGACCACACCAUCAUGUUUUCAUUGGCUAACGUCCUGGGGAAAUUACAGAAAUAUAAGGAGUCAGAGGGCUUCUUCCUUCAUGCUCUCCGGAUCAACCCAAAUUCUGCUAGUUGCCAUGGCAAUUUAGCUGUGCUGUAUCAUCGCUGGGGAAAGCUGGAGCUGGCAAAGAAACACUACGAGCUGUCUCUAAAGUUGGACCCUGAGGCUCCCGGGACCAGAGACAACUACAACAUGCUGCGACGCAAACUGGACCAGCUUAAACACCCCACACCCUGAGGGGAGCCUAUUGGGACCCCUGUGUGCCAUAAAAACAUUUUAUUUCCCCAUAGUUCCACUUGCUUUUAUUUUAUCUCACUAAUUCUGGCUUUGUACCAUUUAGAAAUAAAGACCAUGGUCUGUG